AUGUUCGCUGCAAACGCCGCGCCGCGCGCCGUCGCGAACCGUCGCGCGACGACGCCGCGUCGAUCGCGAAAACGGAUAACGACGAUCGCGUCGGCGACGCGGACGCCCGAGGCGCGCGCGACGGAGGCGCAGCGGUGGAUCGACGCGUGGAAGUCGGGCGAGACGAAGGCGAACGAGACGCCGGUCGCGAAGACGCCGGGCGAGUCGGCGCGGGAACUGCGCGACGGGGAGCUGGCGAUCAAGAAAGGCUUGCUCGGGUCGUUCAUCAAGGAGGGCUCCAAGGAGGUGACGGCGGAAGAUUAUCGAAAGUUUCAGGCGGAGAUCGCGGCGAAAAAGGCGGAGGCGCAGCGCAAGAUGAAGGAAGCGCGGGCGAACAAGAAGGGACCGUUCGGGUUGUGGUGA